AACAUAUAGGCCCGCGGAGCGGAAAGAGUUAUAUGGUAGGUACGGCUCCAGAAGUAUUCCGUGAUACUCGGAGCGAAAGAGUCGGUGGUCGGUGGCAUAUUUGGAUGAUUCUCAACUUCUCAAGCAAACUGUCCGUAAUACCACUUCUUACAGGUUUUAUCCAGCUACUUUUGAGGUGAUCGACUGGCUUGGCUCAUACUUUGUGUCAAUGCAAGUAGCCGAAAAAGCGUUGACCUACUUUCAAGGAGCAGUCGAAUUAGCUCCCUAUCAGCCGAGAUGGCGGCUACUCAUGGCUGCGUGCCUGAGGAGGAUUGGUCAGUUUCAUAAAGCUUUGACUGAGUAUGAAGAUAUACAUCAGCACUUUCCAGACAAUAUUGAGUGCUUAAAGUUUUUAGUCAAGUUAUGCUGCGAUAUGGGACUCAAAGAGGCUCAAGGCUAUACCAUUGAGUUGCGAAAACUUGAAAAGGCACAUGAAAACCGUGAGCGACAUGGCUCUGCAGGACUAGGAACAACCAGUUCAAAAAGUAGUAGAACUUCAUUCAGAAGUGGAUCAGGCUUAAGUCUUUUGGAACAACAAGAAAGUCCUCUGAAGGAAGACAACUUACACAGUCGAGAUAUGCAUACUGAUUAUAAAAUAGUGAAAGCAGAUUCAACUGAAUUUGUUAUAGAUUUUAACUCACAAAAAAUAAAUUAUGCAGAUCCUGUUGGUCCACUUCCGAUUCGUCCUAUGACAGCUACAGGUAAAAGAGAUGAUGAGUUCGACAAUGAAGAGCUUGGAGCAGAUCUGUUACCUGAAUGAAAUCAUGCAUAUCAUAUUAUCUCGUAAUUUUUUAAGUUGAGAAUCACUAAUUUGGACUUCUUUUAUGCUGGAUUCUCAAAAUGUAUGAUAAUUUACAACACUAAUAAACUUAUGAUAUAAUUAUAUUUUUUAAGUUACAGUAUUUAAAAAUGCGAACUUUGUUAAUAACCGUCAUUGUUUUCUCUGAUAAAACUGUAAUGAUUCUGAGUUAAAAGAUUUACUACGACAAAUUGAAGAAAAGAUUACAAUUUACAGUUCCCUAUCUGACUUAAUGUCAUUCUUUAUAAUGAUAAAUUAGUAACAUUGCUUGUGUUACUUUAAAGCUGUAAGAAUUAAACAAAUAACAUAUCCUUA